AUGUCUCGGAUAUCGCCUCUUUUCCGCCAACGGCUGAUCCUUGCCGCCAAAGUAGCUGUUGGAGUCUCAAUCACCGGCGCAGCAAGCUUUCACCUCGUCACAAGGAAAUGUUACUUUGAGCCCUUUGGACCGGAUAAUGGCAGAUCAUUGUAUGAGCAUCCGCUGCUGAAGCAGAUCAAUCCUUGGAAUAAACCGGGUUCUGCCGACUCGUGCGUGAGAGAGGUGCCGUUCGACAAGCUGGAUAAGGUGCUUUUGGAGGAUGCAAAGAAUGGAGGGACCAAGUUAGUUGAGAGAUUCAUUGCGGGAAUGUGGGGAGGAUUUGGAUAUGGUAUCCAACGGAGAAUCAUGACAUUUUUCAAGAACGAGGCAAACAAGAACGACCUAUGGGAGAAGAAGGAUCUCCGAGAAUCUACCUAUGAACCAGGCACAUACUUCACUAACCAUUUUGUGGUUCUAUCAAAAACUCCAACAUGCAUCACGAUGAGAGGUUGCUUCGAUCCUCACCAGUUACCUCCGUCGCCCAUGGACGUCGACAAUCUCGUUGAGAUUCGCGCGGAGCUAGAUGAAGCAAAGCAGGUGGCCGUUCUCAAACUCCAGGUCAUCACGUUUGAUGGAAGGAAAGAAGCGAGUGAUAAGGAGGAUCCUUUUGGCGGAGUUGGAGGGUGGCUGCACAGACGUUAUUCUACGCUGUUGGUUGAGUCAGGAGCCAGAAACUGCCUGGAAUGA